AGAAGUCUUUUGCGGCCCAGAUAUGAGGAAGGGGCUGGCCACUGGCAGGUGGCCCGCCAGACGGCAGAAAAAAACAAGAUCGAAUUUCUGUUUGCCACAAGACCCUCCCAGGUCAAAUGGAAGAGCCAAGCAGCGCUGAGUGGGGCUUUCAGGCAUCUGGAUGAGAAAACCCUCGACGGUGCACAUCUGAUGAAGCUCCACCACGUGAAAAGCCCUUCACAACUGUGCUCGGUGGACAUCAACAACCAAAAUUUUGUCUCGGCGAACGAGCACGACUUUGAGCAGUUCAGUUCUGUCGCCUAUAUCAACGCCACGGAAAAUCUGUUGACCUUAGAAGCGUUUCGUAAAUUUCCUGGGCUCCGUGAACUGGAACUUUCCUUGAACGGCCUGAGAAAUCUGAAAAUCCACGCCGAGGACUUUCCACACCUGGAAAUCCUGGACCUUUCGUACAAUAACCUCUCUCCUGAAGAUGUCCAGGCUCUAGGGGUUUUGCCCCAUCUUAAAGUACUCCAUCUUACUGCCAAUGGACUGAGUUCGCUUCCGCUUGACCUGGCUUCCCCUGAGAGGUAG